CAUCUCAGGUGUAUGAUCUAAAGAGGCGAGUAAAUAAGAUGAAACAAUCGGGAGAACCAAUUGAAAAAUACUACAAUGAUCUCCAAGGCUUAUGGAGGGAGAUUGACUUUCGUCGUCCAAACCCGAUGAAUUGUGUUCAUGAUAUACAAAAAUACAACACUCUCUUGCAAGAGGAUCGGGUGUACACCUUUCUUGAUGGAUUAGAUGACAGGCUUGAUAAAAUCAGGAGUGAUGUGUUGCAACUGAAACCAUUUCCAACUGUAGAACAGGCGUAUGCCCAUGUCCGGAGGGAAGACAUAAGGCAGGCCGUGAUGCUGUCCAACAGAGGAAAUAUUCCAGAUGCUGCUGCAAUGAUCUCUAGAGGUAUGAGAACUGGUUCACAAAACAAAUUUACAUUGCAGGUAGCCAAGACUGGAAACUCCUCUUCACAUGGGGGGAAAUUUAAUCCUGCAAAAACUAAGGGCCAUGUAGAAGGAGGAAACGAUGGAUGCUCUCACUGUGGGAACUUGAAACACACCCGUGAGACAUGUUUUAAAAUACAUGGCUACCCCGAAUGGUGGACAGAACUCAAGGCACGAAAACAAAAAGAAGCUGCUGGUGGAACUGGAAGAGCAGCCAUGGUUAAUUCAGCCCCUAUAAAUCCAGAAGCCACCCUUUCACUCGUCCCACUUGUUGAAUCAAAGGAGGACAAGGCAGCCUCUCUCGGUAAUCCAGGAUAUUCUCACGAAGGAGAUCAUUGGGCGUGGUACUAAAAGAGAGGGGUUAUACUACAUGGACGACUUCAGUUUCGGCAAAGUCAAUACCAUGAGUCGCACAUCUAGCGCACGCGAAGAACAGAUUUGGUUAUGGC